GAAUGCUGGAGGACAGGCUGCUACUGCUACUGCUACUGCUGUUGCACACAAACAUGGCGGAACCCAUGGAGCUGCUCUGCUGGGGAGGCGACUGGGAUCUGCCAUCCGUGCACACAGACUCCCUCAUCGUGCUGGCAUAUGCCAAAUUUUCAGGUGCAACGCUUGCAGUAAAGUCUAUUGACUGGACAUGGAGGACUAUAACAGCAUCUGUGCCACAGCUACACUAUGAAGGAUCCACAGUCACAGAACCAACACAAAUUCUAAACUUCUUACGAAAACAGGUAGAAAUUCAUAUCUGUUUAGCAAUGCCCUCUUUUUUUAUGGAUGACAAUCUUCGCAGCAGUCCGCAGCACAGACCGCACAGACAUGACACCAAACCCACGGCCAGCGAGAAGAACUCAACCCUUGCCUGAUGAACCCCUUCUAUCUAAGCACUGACUUUAACAUCAUUUAUUUGUUUUCCAUUUUAAUGGAAGUUGAAAUUGAAAGAAUUUCCAAAUCAUAUUUAUAAUUUAACAUACUGAUGCGGUCAUAAUAAAUGAAUACUAGUUUUUCAUGAUGAAGUUGCUGAAAUGUUGAUUUGAGUGUUCGAUUUUGUAACACAAGAACAUAAAGGGCUUGUUAAAUGGGCAUUCUUCAUCUGUUGUAUUUAAGAAUCAUUAGCAGGGAAAUGCUUUAUAGUAACAUAAUAGCAACACUGAGCUGACAAUUGAUGACUUAAGAUACAAAUGCUAUAGUUUAAAAGAGAAGUGCGUUCCAGUUGAGUUGCAUUGUCCUUGGAUCAGUUUUCCUGGCGGUCUUCACACAUUAUUGUAUAUGGAACUUUGAAUGCACAAGCUGGCUUUCCAAAUCCAAAAGGUUUUGUGUGUAUUUCAUGGUGUUUUAUUUAUUUUUUCAAUACUGCUCAAACACAAUUACAGGUAUAAGAUUUAUGGUUUAUAGGUAUUCAGCAUUUAUUCAUCAUGGAGUUGUUUAUAAUAAUCAAAUUAGGUUUAGUUUAAAAUUCUACAUAUAUAAACAGAUUUAUUUAAGUGCACAUGGUAGAUUAACUAUCAAUACUGCAGUAAGCAUGUCCACAUUGUGCAAUACAGCAUACAUCUCUCUUAUUUGAUUUGAUCUUUCCAUUGAUUUCGCUUGAUUGUGUAACUUUCCACAUUCUUGACUUUUAGUGCAAAGGGAUCUUGACAUCUGAUUUUGUGUACUGUGUAUACAUUUAUUGUUUUUCAUAUUCCUCUGGAGGUUUUAUACAUGCAAGGAAUGCCUUAAAAGUCCAGUGCUGUGCCAUGCCAUCACACCUGACUGUAUUUUUGAUUUAAUCGGUCAUUCAUUGUGUUUCAAGAAAUGGUAUAUUUCAAAAUAUAGCAAUGUAUAGCAACGGUCAAAUAUAUGUACAUAUAUGCAAUAAAGUGACGUUCU